ACGCUUUGAAGAGCGGAGCUCUGAAAUAGAAAUCAAUAUCAGCCUUUAUUUGAGAAAAUGUGCUACCAGUGACUAGAAGUAGCCUCCAAUGGUACUAAACAGCAUGUCCAGGACACCUUCAACUUCCCAGGAGAUUCGGAUGGAUGUAUUCGACAACCCAUCCGUGCAGCAGGGAAAGUAUGCCAAAAGGAAAAGUAGAUUCAAACGCUCAGAUGGGAGCACAUCCUCAGAUACAACUUCCAACAGCUUUGUUAGACAGGGCUCAGCGGACUCCUACACCAGCCGCCCGUCAGACUCGGACGUCUCUCUGGAGGAGGACAGGGAGGCAUUACGCAAAGAGGCUGAGCGACAAGCUUUGGCACAACUUGAGAAGGCAAAGACCAAGCCUGUUGCAUUUGCUGUUCGAACAAAUGUCGGCUACAACCCCAGCCAGAAUGAUGACGUCCCUGUGCAAGGCAUGGCCAUCUCCUUUGAAUCCAAAGAUUUUCUACACAUCAAAGAAAAAUACAACAACGACUGGUGGAUAGGGCGGCUGGUGAAAGAAGGAUGUGAGGUGGGAUUCAUUCCAAGCCCAGUUAAACUAGAGAAUAUCAGACUACUACAGGAGCAGAAGAUGAGGCAAGGAAGACUUUCAAGUAAAUCAGGAAACUCCAGUUCUAGUCUAGGAGAUGUAACUGGAACCCGGAGGCCAACUCCACCUGCCACAGCAAAGCAGAAGCAGAAAUCGCAGGAAAACGUGCCUCCCUACGAUGUGGUGCCUUCCAUGAGACCAAUCAUACUCGUGGGUCCAUCCCUGAAAGGAUAUGAGGUGACAGACAUGAUGCAGAAGGCUUUGUUUGACUUUUUGAAACAUAAGUUUGAUGGAAGAAUAUCAAUCACACGAGUUACUGCUGACAUCUCAUUAGCAAAGCGAUCAGUGCUGAACAAUCCCAGCAAACACACGAUAAUCGAGCGUUCCAGCACUCGUUCCAGCCUAGCUGAAGUACAAAGUGAGAUUGAGCGCAUCUUUGAAUUGGCCAGGACCCUCCAAUUGGUUGCUCUUGAUGCAGACACCAUCAACCAUCCAGCCCAACUUAACAAAACUUCUCUGGCCCCAAUUAUAGUCUACAUAAAAAUUGCUUCACCCAAGGUCUUACAGCGACUGAUAAAGUCACGAGGAAAAUCCCAGGCUAAACAUCUCAAUGUACAGAUGGUGGCAUCAGACAAGCUAGCACAGUGUCCUCCGGAGAUGUUUGACAUCAUUCUAGACGAGAACCAGCUGGAAGACGCUUGCGAACAUUUGGCUGAGUACCUGGAAGCCUACUGGAAAGCCACUCAUCCUGCCAGCUGCAACCCACCCAACCCUCUCUUGAACCGCACCAUGGCAACCGCCGCCCUUGCUGCCAGUCCUGCUCCAGUGUCUAAUCUACAGGGUUCCUACUUAGUGCAUGGAGAACAAGCCAUUGACUGUUCGAGCCCCGAUCAGACAGAUUUGCAUGACUAUCAAAGUGACUCUGCCAAACAGCCCUACCUUCGCUCGGCAUCCUCCACGCCUCAGUACACCCAUCACCCGCGUGCCGUCUCCCGAGCUCUCUCCCGCCAGGACACCUUUGACUUGGAGAUGCAAGGCAGCCGGGACUCGGCUUACACCGAGCCGGGGGACUCCUGCAUGGAGACGGAUCCUUAUGAUGACCCCGAGCACUCAGAAGACCCUCAGGGCGCUCCCUGGCGUGGGGUAUCUCGGCAUCAAGUUCAGCACCAGGAAUCGUGGGACGAGGAGGAGGAGGAGGAGGAGGAGAUGGACAACGGCAACUACAGCAGACAGCAGAGGAGUCGGCUGCGAGCCAGAGACCACUACCGACUGAAGGACGAGGAGGUCUUGAACCGGAAACAGGGCGACCUGGAGGAGUGGGACCGUGAUGUGUACAUUUGUUAAAGUGCACUAGGGCCUACUCACUGCUCCCACCCCAAAGAAUUUGCUAUCUUGUAGUGGUGCCAGUUGCUCUGUUUCAUUGUCCAAUCUGAAGAAGAGACUAUCAUGUUUUUUAGCAUUCGGUGAAUUCAUCUUGCCAAGCCCUCUAUCAAUGCCAAUAGGGAAUUACUGAUUGACGGAGGUGCUUCUCCCGGGAGAAAUUUGCAUACAGUAUCAUGCCCUGCCCACACCCUUCUCCCUUUGCUCUUAAUGCCUCGCUACAGGGUCUACCGGGGUUUGAUUAUAUGGACCAGAUAUGGUGCGCUGUUAACCCUUUUAAGAAUGGACACUUCCGAUAAACAUGCUUGAAUUGUUUUUGUGCACCCAUCUGCGACAAUUCAGCGCCAGUACUGCCAAGAGAGCAGUUCACCCGAUUUAGUUAGCUUAGAACUGAGAAGCCUACAUACCAGCUGAAGCCACGUCUCUCACGGCCCUGAUGGGAUGUUUUUUAACUCUGUCCUCUGCCAGGUUAGCAAGUUGCGAGGUGAAUAAUACAAACAUAAACACAAAACUAAGCAUUAAAGCAUGAAUAAAUAGACGGAAAUUUUGAAAACAAAAUGGCUCAAACUUUUACGGCUGUCUCUGACAGCGCCCUCUCGUUUACAUGAAUUUACAAAUUAAGAGUGGCCUUGGAGAAGGUGUGAGGAAGAGUUCAUGUUUUCUAUACUGUCCUCCUACUUAACCCACUCUCUGCAUCUUUAAUAGAUUUUGAGAUGCUAUUUAAUAAACCCCUUCCUUGUCUGCCUCUUUCUGCCACCCCCAAGUCAUUUUCAAAUUGGAAAAGGUGGGUGACGGAUAACAAAAUCUGUACAGGUGGAUAUUAAACUUGUACCUGUUAUUAAAGGCUAUUUGAUGCAGAAUAUGUCCCGUUUUUAUUUAAACACAGAGACUUCUGGGUGUUUGAAUG